GAAAACAACGCACCGAUUUCACACAUGAGCACGUCCGACGCAGGAGACUGGUGCCUGAUAGAAAGCGACCCGGGUGUCUUCACUGAACUUAUCAAAGGAUUUGGCGCCAAAGGAUUGGAAUGCGAUGAGGUUUACGAUUUAAAAGAAACUGACUCUGUAUCCGACGCGUUUGGCCUCAUAUUUCUUUUCAAAUGGGAUGGUAAGAAAAAUUCCGAAGAGACAUAUGUGGAGGAUGCACGAACAAGGGGCUUGUUUUUCGCUAAACAAGUUAUUACAAACGCUUGCGCGACGCAAGCCAUUAUUAACAUUCUUUUGAACAUCGAUGAAAGCAAAUUUGAAUUAGGCGAAACACUGAAACAGUUUAAAACGUUUGUUGCUGACUUCGAUAGUACAAUGAAAGGCGCAGCAUUGAGCAACUCAGAUCAGAUACGCGCGGUUCACAACAGUUUCAGCAGUUUCCAAAUUUUUGAAUUUACUGGAAAACGUUCGAGACCGGGGGAAGAGGUGUACCAUUUUGUUGGAUAUCUGCCAGUUGGUGGUGUGCUGUAUGAGCUGGACGGAUUAAAGGAUGGCCCUAUCGACCAUGGUAAAAUCCCGGAAGGCAUUUCAUGGUUAAAUUUUGCCCGACCCCUCUUAGAGGAGCGCAUGCAAAAGUGCGUUGAUGGUAAUUUCAAUUUGAUGGCGGUCGUUCCUCAACGGUUAUCGAUAUAUGAACGGCAAUUGGCUCAAUUAAAAGCAAGCACAAAAGACAAGUCAUCUGAACUCAUACGGGAAUUGGAGAAUAACAUCGAAAAUAGAAAACGCAAGGCCGAAUCCUAUCACCAAGAGAAUAUUCGACGUCGCCACAAUUAUCUUCCGCUCAUUGUGGAGCUGUUCCGCAUCCUAGCCGAAAACUCAGCUCUGGUGGAUUCGGUUAACAAAGCAAAAGCAGUGGCUCAGGAAAGGAAAAACGCGAGAGCAGCAGCAAGCAAAUCAUAAUCUCAGUUGUGCGGUAUACAGAAAAUACAAAAUAGAAAAAUGUCGCACUUCA